AUGCGACGAGCUGGUCUUUUUGCAUCUAGUGUAUUGCAUCGUGCUGGGAGGCAACAUCAAGAACAAAAACCACAACAGCAGGAGUCCGAUUCACCACUUGAUGAAACGCGGAGUCGAGAGCUUGAAGUAGAGGCACUGGAGCGUGGCUUCAUGCGACGUGACACCCCCGAUUCGAAAGUGUAUAUGGAAACACAUCUUACCAGACCAGAAUGCAUCAGCGGCGGUGUGCCAGUGUGCAAUCUCCCUCCCGUGGAGCGUGAAAAGACGGAGUUCGACGUGUACCAGCGCUCAACACGUGACUUCACUUCUCAGGUAACACCGUACGGUACGACAGGUGUGGGACUUGGGGCUGGCUUUGGCGCGAAGGAAGAUAAGCGGCUAGGAUUUUUGCGCCCACGAAAACUGCAACCGUUCGGUGGUGAGAGUAGUAUUGUUCCUAAGUACGACGAAAAUGGAAUGCCUAUCGACCCAACACUUCGCAAAGAUCAACUGAUGAAGAAACGCCUUGAAUACAUGAAGAGUUUUGAGGGAACCACAAUGAGUCACCGUGAACACUUUCUACUUGUGGAUCUUGAUUUUGAAAAGGAUGCGAUGCUAUUUGGUAACACUCGUGGUGAGUUUGAGCGUAAUGUGACAAAACUGAAGCAGGUGAUUAGUACCUACACCGCGUGGGAGCGCACUGAUAACUUCUAUUACUAUGGUACCUUUGUGCUUAAGGCGCUCACCGCAUGGGUGCUGAUGGAGUGCCUGCAACAGUACUACGAACUGAAGUUGCUUGCUGGGCACUAUGACGAUUUUGUGGAGGCGACGGAGGCGACGCUGGACGGACUUGAGGCGGACUUUCAUCGCGACCUUCACCGGGCGCGUGAGGAGCUGCAGUCACAUAAGCCGGACUUCCGCCCCAUUGUGGAGGCUGUGCGUCGUGAGAAGCGACGUCUGUUAGAUGCAAAAACAGCACAGAUCACAGAGCAGAAAGUGGUGGAAAGGAACAACAGCGAUAGUAGCAACAGUAAUAAUGAUAAUAAUAAUAGUAAUCGUAACAAUAACAAGAUUGUGAGCGAUAGUAACAAUAAUGAAAGUACAGAAAAGGAUCUUACCAUAGCAUUGGGUGAGGCUCUUGGUGCGCAUAACUCAGGGAAUGAGCGACAAUUGUAUCAUCAACAACAUGGACAACAAGAGAAGCAACAUCAUCAGCAAGAAAAUUUAUCUGGAAAUGGUUCCCACAGUGUUGUUUACCACCCAAUGGAUACCACAAACGAGCAGGGUUACUUGGCCUCUCUCCAGCAACGCGAGAUGCAGCACGAGAUGAAGCGUCUGCAUGAUACGGCGACAGCGUCAAAAACAGGGUCAUAUAGCAUGGUUGCUGCUAUUUGGCGAAAAAUACGCGGAGUUGAAGGAGAAGAUGCUGCUGUACUGACGCCUCUUCAGCAGGAAGACUUUGCCCGACUUUCAUAUGCUGCAAGCCCAACUAGUAUUGACACACUGCGUUCUAUACGCCGUAUUUUGCUACCACGUAGUGAGGAUUACAUUCAGGUGGUGCGCGAAGAGAUGCUAGAAUACAGGCGAGAGAAGGAGGCGAAGAUUCUUCAUCCAGAUUGA